UUUAUUACGGCGACACAUUUAACUCAACAAAUGUUCAUAGAAACAUGAUAGAAACAUAUGGGCAAACGCAGUUUAAUCGUAAUCUAGAUAGACAAUAUAGUGUAACUACAAAUCCCAUGAUGUACCUGGUCGUUUCCUUGGAAACGGGUUGUUGUCUCUUCGACAGGUGAGUGGAUCUGUUACAGGUGUGAAUAUGUGUGGAGCUCCAGUGGAUUUAUCUUUUAAACACAUCAGCAGUUUGGCAGACGCAUGGAUAGAGGAACCAAGCAGCAGUUUGCGACCUUCAAAGAAAAAUUCGGCGAUGAAGUACCUAAGCCGCUCCUUGCGUCUCAAUAACAACAACAUUACUGACCUUAGUGACCUCCAGAAGCCUGUUAGCCACUUCCUGGCUGAGCCGUCACAGCUCGCCUGGCUGGAUCUCUCCUUUAAUGAAAUCUCACACAUAGAUCAGGUUUUGUGCGAGCUGCGUGAACUGCGCGUGCUGUAUCUUCACGGCAACAGCAUUUUCAUUCUGUCAGAGGUGGACAGGCUGGGAGUGCUACCGCACCUACACACCAUCACUCUGCAUGGAAAUGUCAUAGAAACCAACAAGGCCUACAGGAAUCAUGUCAUUUCUGCCCUGCCUCGGUUGAAGACGAUGGACUUCAGUGCUGUGACACGCCAGGAGCGAGUCAUGGCAAAGAUUUGGCAUCACAGCAACAACCGCAACAGGAGCAGCAAGGAGACUAUCCAGUGACGGCCGCUUCAUCUCCGUAGGGGGGGGUGGUUGAAAUCAUGGUUUUACCCAAAUGUUCUGUACUCCACAUCCACUGAAAGAAAACCUCUAAAAUGUUA